UCGAAGAUUAGAUGGUGUAAGUGAAGUGGUACAGUGCGCCUUGUUUAUUUGCAAAUUAAAUGCAGUGAAUCUUCUAGUAGUUAUUUUCAACUUCUUAUAUUGUUUUAAUUAACUGUUCUGCAACUGAUUCAAAAUGGCUUGGGUUAAAUCAAAUCCAAUACAGGACAAAUUUUCUUCUUUGUGUGUACAAAACGGUGACGUCUUCACUAUUAAUGAUAAUUGUUUAAAAAUAUUGGAAGAAAUUCUCAAAAAACUAGCCACAGAAGACUGUACUCUACGCACAUUUCGAAGAGCUAUCGGAUUUGGACAGAAUAUUAGAAAACAUUUGAUCCCAAUUCUGCUAUAUGUAAAAGAUAACACAAAGAUAACAAACGCAUCAAAAAUUAUUGAUACAACAAUUAAAAUAUUAGGAAAUUUAACAAUACCCGUAGAAUAUUUAUUAUCAAUAGAAGGUAUGUCUCGCACUGAUAUGGGGAGACACACAAUUUUUGAAAUAAAUCGGCUCCUAAUCACAAGUAAAGAAGCAUUUACAGAUGGACGAAGUACUAAAGCUGUGGUAGAUCACAUGAAACAUAUUAUAGAAAAUGGUUCGGAAUUGAACCUUGAUCAAUGUCAUAGCAUAAACAAUUGCUUAUUAUUGCUGACGAAUAUUUUACACAUACCAGAAAAUAAAACAAUUAAUUCCAAUACUCCUCUGACCAAUUCAAGUAUGCAGAAUCAAAUAAUCUGGAAUUUAUUUACUCAAAGCAUCGACAAAAUCAUUAUAUAUUUGUUGUCAUGUCCACAAAGGAUGUAUUGGAGUGUAACUAUGGUCCAGUUAAUAGCUUUGAUGUACAAAGAUCAACAUGUAGGUACACUGCAAAAACUUCUUAAUCUUUGGCUUGAGGCUUCAUAUAGUGACAGCUCUGAAGACAAUGAAAGCAAUACUUCUCCUCCCGAUCAGGGCAGUGAUGAUUCAUCCCCAGUCGUUACAUCUGAUCCGACUUCUGAUUCAAGCGAUACUGGAGGUAAUGACAGAAAUAAACACAGUAAGGGUAAUAAUAAUUGUGAAAGAAGAAGCAGCAUAACAGACGUAGUGAGAGUAGUGCAAAAUAAAAAUAAAACUUUAGCAAAUAUGAAACGAAACAAAAGUACAGAAACUGAAACCAGUACUAGUAGUGGUAUUUCUUCUAUGGGUCACAGCUUGGAGUCUAACGAAAAUGAGCCACAACAAUUUCAGUUACAACUAUGUAAUCAAAAUUCCACAAAUAAAAAGAUAUCCUAUAUGUGCCAGUCUUCCCAAAGUGAAAUAUCUGACUGUGGAUAUGUAACUCAAAUAGAAAAUCAAGAGUCAAUAUCAACUUCCAGCAACGAGGAUGAUCAACCGCAGCAAAAACCUGUCCAUCAAAAACCACACAGCUUUCAAAAAAGCAGAUAUAAUGGAAAAUUCAGAGUUACUACAGUUUUAGAAAAAAAGGAAUUGAGGCGAAAAAAGCUUGUAAAAAGAAGCAAAACCAAUAUCAUUAACAUGAAAGGCUUAAUGCAUCAUUUGCCUACUGAUGAUGAUAUUUCAAAUAUCUUAAAGGAAUUUACAGUGGAUUUUCUAUUAAAAGGUUAUGGUACUCUGAUCAAAGAACUUCGUACUCAAUUACUAACAAAUAUCCACAUAGCAAUAGAUACAUCGCAUUUUUUCUGGUUAGUCACGUAUUUUUUAAAAUUUGCUACGCAACUGGAAUUAGAUCCGGAACAUAUAAGUCCAGUAUUAUCAUAUGACACAUUAUCGUAUCUAGUAUUUCAAGGAGUUUGGGUCUAUGAAGAACUAGAAAUCAGUUGUACUAUUCCAGAUAUUGAUAUAAAACCAUGUUUACGGCGACUACAUUUGGUGGUAACCGCAUUACGAGAAUUUUUACAAGGACUAAAAACUUACCAAAAAAUGAUUCACUUGAGUGAUAAUGACAAAGAAUAUUUAACAAAAUUAGAAGAACAAAUAUGUAAAGCGGAAGACCUGAAAAUGUUAUUUGUUCUUUUACUAAAACAAUACAAUCCAAAUAUUCAGAGUAAACAGUAUCUGCAAGAUCUUAUUAUAACAAAUCAUAAUUUUUUAUUGUUUCUGGAUAAUAAAUCAAAGAGCCAACAAAACACUAUGACGGAACAUUUAAAACAUUUUGCCUCUGUGGAAAUAAUGCGCCAGUAUGGAUUAUUGCUAGAAAAUUUCAAGGAAAAUGGCGAAUUUGUUAAUAAUUGUAUAUUUACAAUGAUGCAUCACAUAGGAGGCGAUCUUAAGAAUGUGCCAACAUUAUUCCAACCUAGUAUUUUAAAAACUUUUUCUAAAAUUUGGGAAACUGAUUAUGAAAUAUGUGAUGACUGGUCAGACUUAAUAGAGUAUGUGAUACACAAAUUCAUUAACACACCAGGAACACAAUACGUGAACUCAAGUAACGCGCCCAUCUCCAUCAAUCGUAUCCAAGACACAAAUGAGAUUUUAUCUUCAGAAAACGAUUCUGAAUCAGAGUGUAGUUCCCUCGAUGAAAUACUGAUAUUAUUUAGGUGGACGAAAGAAGAAAAAGAUAACCUUUUAAAGUACUACAACCAAAGUAAAAAAUCUUGUGAUACCAUUGCCAACAUUACAAAAAAAUAUGAGAGAAAUGGUUUAAAACAGAAGUCUCAGCUUGCUGUAAUCAAAGAACUUCUAGACCAAAAUAUAAUCAGUUUUGAUGAGUAUAAUGAAUUAAUUAGAAGCAAUACGCAAAUAAAAAAAGAACAAUCGACACCUGCAAGUGAAAGUUGCAACAAGAAUUUUCAAGAAAGUUUACUGAAAGACUAUAAAAUUCACUUUGAAAGUGAUAUAGGGAUCUUAAGGGAUUAUCUGUGUAAGCAAAAUAGUAAAUAUUUGUUGUUGCUACAAAAACUUUUGAUCGAAGUGUGUUUUAUAAAAUUAGUGCUAAGUAAAGUAGAUGAAUUUACAGACGUUAAUCACAUUAUGGAACCUACAGUAUACUAUUUUGUAUUAUUAAAUUUACCAGUUCCGGUAAUUCCUUGGACAACUGAGCAAUCAAACAUUAUGAAGUAUCAACCAUUUUUAUUACUAUUACAUAAGUUAGGUUUCUAUUUACCUGCAGAUACAGGAAAAAUAUUUGUACAAAUACCCAAUUUCUGGACAGCUGAUUACAUUUUCAAUGUAGCUCAACAACUUGGCCCUAUAGAUACAGGAAAAUUAAAAUUUCCUAUAAACAAGCUAACUGGACAAAAUAAAUAUGAUCAAUCUGAAAAUGCCUCAUCAUGUUGUGGGUACGAGAAGUUCUCCACAAUGGAUUUAAAACAAAUCCCUCCUAUUAUACGCUACACGCCUUUACCUAAUACAUCUCAAUGGUUCCAAAUGACUUUACACACAAAAGUAGCUCCACUAAUGAAUUCUGCUUCUAAUAUGUCUAGCACAAGUCAGCUUUCAAUAGCAAUUCCUGAUCCUGAAACAAUAACUUUUGAUAUUCCUCCGCCUGAAUUGGCAAUAGCUGGAAGAACUUGGGCCAACAAGGAUUUAACUACAAGUAUGGAAUGCUCUCCCAUCUACCAACAAGAUGUAUUAUUGACUGAUCAGAUAGAAAAAAACAGUAACUGUGAUACAGCUUCUGUAGCUUCUGAUUUAACUAGAAUGUGUGUUAGUGAUGAAGAAGAUAAAGUGAUACUGGUGAUACAAAAAAAUGACGAAAAUUCAUAACUACGAAUAUUUCUUUAUAAAACUAAGGGAUUUUGUUGAACAUUUGUUAUUUUUUUUAACAAUAAGUUUUUAAUUUUCAAAAAUUUUACAUAUCUGAAGUAUUAAUGUAAUAGCUGUCAAGCUACUCUUUGUAUUUAUUUAUUUAUGGCAUUAUUAAGCAGUUUUUAUGUAUUUUGUCACAUUCAAAUUAAAAAGAAAAUUUAAGUAUAUAAUUUAUAAAAUUUCAGGUUGUUUGUAUACUUACACUAAUUUUUAACUAAAAAUUAAUUUACAUUUGAUAGACUUUCACCACCAGACAAAAUAUUCAACCCUGUAUUUUUGGCACUCCCUCGAUUAAAAUUACA